GUCAGCGCAGUCAAUGCAGCCGGCGAUUCUGCGGACCCUCUCACAGAGCCCGAAAGCGUUGAUUCCGUUAGCGGGAAAGUAUCGCCGCGAGGGGUUCGUUUCGAAAAGGCACUUUGCCGUUCCAGGAGUGGCUAGAAGGGUCGGUGGCGGGGAUAUUAUAGCGAGAGAGAAACCGAGAGAUUGAGAAGAGAAGAGAGGUAGCUGGGGGGGUUGAGAUAAGCAGGCUAGAGAGAGUGAGCAGAAAGGAGAGAGACAGAGAGGAAGAGAGAAAGAGAGAUAGAGAGAGGGGGGUCAGGUAGAUAAAGAGGGUUGCUGGAGUGAGGGAGAGGACGGUCCGGAGGGAUGGAGACCGUGAGAGCGUGAGAGGGUAGCGAUUGUGCUACAGUCGCACCGCGACACCCCCACGAGCGAAACCGCGCGCGGCAGCCCGCACUCUCGUGUAUAGAGCUGUGUACGUGUAUAUUGCGAAAACGGGUCCGCGAACAGUGCUAUGCUUUUGAGGCCGCGAUCUGUAAGGUGUCCUUCGUCCUCGUCGUCGUUGGCCUUAUUCUCAUUAUUUUCCUUCAAGUGGGCGCACCAGUUUGCGAGUACCGUCCAGCGCACCGUAGCGCAGCGCUUCUAAUGGGAUCAACGUCGUGUGUAUUACAACUCCGCUCUUGCGCAUCGUGCUGAUCAGCAUGAGCAGAAAAGAGUUCUAGCGACAAGCGAGACGCAAAACUCAGAACGCAUGCCUAAAUCAACCUGGGAAGCGGAUAACUUGCUAGUAAGCGGCUAACGGGUCACUUCUAGGGGAUAAUAGAUCGCCGACUGGUGUCCCAAAGAUUCAUCAGAAAACUGAUCGACUCUCAUGGCAGCGCGGAAACUCGCAGCCCUCUUUGCCGCGGUCCUGCAACUGUGCUUAUGUCAAAUCACCCCGGAAGUUUUGCCCGAGUUCUUAGCCCCUUUGGAAAAUCAUACGGUGAUCCAAGGUCGUGACGUCUUCUUCACCUGCGUCGUUAAUCAUCUGCAAUCGUACAAGGUAGCCUGGAUAAAAUCCGAUUCCCGUGCGAUUCUGGCGAUACACACACACUUGGUGGCACACAAUAAUCGAUUAUCCGUGACGCACAACGGACAUAACACGUGGAAACUGCACGUGUCGAAUGUUCAGAAGAACGAUUCCGGUACCUAUAUGUGUCAAGUCAACACCGAUCCCAUGCGCAGUCAGAUGGGAUACAUGGCAGUAGUGGUACCGCCCGAUAUAAUAGACGAUGAGACUGCAAAUGGAAUGGUCACUCACGAAGGAGGCAAUAUAAGAUUGCGAUGCGUCGCCACCGGUUUGCCAGAACCUAUUGUCAGUUGGAAACGGGAGGACGGUCGCAAUAUCAUUCUCAGAGAGGAUGGACAGAAACAAUCUGUGAAAUCCGUUACCGGCGAGACACUGGAAUUGACGGGGGUGCUUCGGCAAGAGAUGGGCAUGUACCUCUGUAUAGCCAGCAACACCGUGCCGCCGACGGUCAGCAAGCGUUACUCCGUUGAUGUUCACUGUAAGUAUCAUGUCGCGCUUGCGGCCAUUACCAUGUUAGAGGAUUCUCUAGAUUCGUCCCUACAUAUUUUAAAUAGACAAUUUUUUAUCAAACCAUUAUCAAACAGUCUAUAUUGUACGCUCAUAUGUCUGAUCGUUUUUAUGCCAGAAAUCAAAUCCUGUGGAAAAUGUUUCUGCAAGUGGAAGAACCACGCACACACAAUUAAAAGUAGCGCAAUAUUUCCGUUCGUUUUCUAUUUAGGCGAGAAGCUGCUGCCCAGUGACAAAUACAGAAUGUCGGAGUGCGCGUUGAGCGAGUAUUCCCGGCAAAUGAAUCUCACUGUCAAUUCCCUGGAAAAACGGGACUUCGGCGGGUAUGUGUGCUCGUCCGUCAACGCGCUUGGCAAGGCCGAGGGUUCAGUACGAUUGCAAGAGCUGCAAUUGUUCGCGAAGACGACACCGACGACUUUUAUGAAGAAUAUGGAUAAGUCGCGUAAGAAGACAUUGCCGAAGAGCAAGAAAAAGAGCAACAAUAGCAACGACAGACGAGGACAAGCGGUAGGUUUCGGCGAGGCUGAUUCCAUCGGUAGCGACGAUGAUUUCGGUACCACGCAGAUCAUGGCAGGUAGCACUCUUCAGGAGGGCCAGAGGACGGAUAGGCCCCUUGCAGUGCCUUCCUUGCCGCCGCCCUGGGUCAUCCAUUUGAACGCCGCGAAUUUCAGGCAUUCUUCGGUGUCCGCGAUUCUGCUUUUGCUUCUUUUGCCGACUACUCUAUAAGAUGGCAUCGGUGACAGGGAUAAAGGAUUACAAUAUAGAAUCGGCGAUUAUGAAGAUCCACGAACUAAAUCUCGAGAAUCGAUAAAUUUAGAAGACUUUGAUUUUUCCCACGACACAGGUAAAAAAAAUUAACAUUUCACGAGUCAUAACGUUGAUAAAUUUCUGCGUAUUGUGCGUUGAAGACUUGGAAACUUUUUUAUGUAUUAAGAUCAAUGCGUGCAGAUUUCUAAUUUUAUUAUGAAUUUCUGAAAUAUUUUUUUGUUUGAAUUUUGUUGCUAAAAACUUUUUAUUUAUCCAGUAUUUGUCUAAUUUUGAACGUAUCUGCUAAGAUAAGUCGGAUAUUAAAUAACCCAAUAAUAAUUAAAAGAUAUUGUUAUAUAUUUAUAUCGUAUAUAAUUGUAUAAUCUUUUUACAAUUUAUAUAUAUAUUGGGAUAUCCAUAUAUUUUUUUCUAGAUCAAAGUCAAUCUUGAGAUAUUUAAUGCUGCAGCAUAGCUGCAUUGUACGGAAAACGAUUACCUCCACGGUUAAUCAUGGACAAAAUUUGCUCUUAAAGCUUGUCAGAAUAUAUUUAAAGGAAAUAAUCGUUAUAGAGGAAUCUCUGAAUAUUACAGACUCUUCUUCUUUAAUCAAUAUUUGAUGUACUUUACGUUUUUUGCGAUGUCAAAAUGCUUUCUCGGAUUACGCGCUCCGCUCUAAGUAUCGAUCGCGAAAUCCAAUACCUUUGGAAAGUAGAAAACCAAUCUUUUUAAGAGGAGAAAAGCCUGAUUCCGACGGAAUCUGACAUCGACUGGCUAGUUGUUAUCUUCAUUACCUCUUAUCGUCUAUAUAAAUGCCCUGCUAGCUUCUAUCUUUUAAUCACAAUUUCAAGGUAAACAUUAUAAAUUUGCCGUGCGCCUUUGUUCCAAGAAUCUGAUAUCUUUGUAAAAGAUUGCAGUUUACAAAAACUUUGAUCAAGGUUCGCUAAAUAUAUUGGAACGCAUACGAAAAAUAUUAUUUUUUAUAAAAGAAAAUAAUUUCAAUCAGGGGUCAAUGCUCGCGCGACAUCGUAUUUAAUUACUUGUUCAUCAAGAGAAUUUAUAUCUCGCGAUAAGUAUCUUUGGACACCAUUUGCGUACGAAGCUAUUAUGGAUGCAAAAUGGAGAUUAAUGAAUGAACUUAGAAAAGCAAACAAAGGAGUCAGUUAGGAAUCCCUCGUGGAUCUUCAUUAGUCGUCUAAAAGUAACGCAAAGGGACGCGCCGUGCGUACACGACAAUCCUAUCUAGGCAGGUCAGUCCCUCUGGCGUUGAUUGUAAAUAUGAAUGAAGAACGAGAGUAAAUUCGAAUAGAGAGAAUAUACAGAAAAGAGAGAAUGGCUCUUUUCCCGAAUCAUUUAAAUGGUCCUCGUGAAGGUGCUUCAAAAAAAUAUUAUUUAACAAAUGAAUCUGCUUGAUGUAUUAAUAUUUUUUCAACUAUAAUUAUAUUAGAUAAGCACACAAUUAUUCGAAAAUAUAAUUAAUUAAAUGCACAAAGAGAUAAAUAUAUUAAAGUUUUACAAAUUCAAAGAGAGAACUUUAUCAUAUUAAGUUUCAUUUUUAUUUUAUGUUUAUAUAUUGAAAAUUCUAUAUAAACUGACGAAAUCAAAUGCAAGCUUUUUUCCAAAAGUGUUUCCGUAGCAUUGUUCGAGGAUUUGAGGCUCGUGAUGGGAAUAGAGUCAAGAAGAUAGAGCGGAGGGUGCAAAUCCACGCUGAAAAAAAAAAAGAAAUA